AUGAGCUUAGUGUUAACUGAAAAAACCAUAACGAUAGGCAUUAUUGAGGAAGGCAGCUAUGAGAAGGAUGUUCUAUUCUAUGUCAACAUUGGUGAACCCAUUAUGGCACCAGAUAAUAAAUCUAAAAAGGAUGCAUUUGUAUUUUUGAACAAAUUCUUUGACGAUGAAUUGGCAGGACUUAUACAGGAAGCUGAAAAUAAGCCACCGGAAGAGUUGACCGAAGAAGAUAAAAUGGCUCUAUUGGGACGUCCCAAGAAUGGUGAUGUUGUUCGCGCACAAUUGCGCAUCAAGGAGAGUAAAGAAUUUAAGAAUACUGUAGACAAACUUGUACAAAGAGCCAAUGCAUCUCUCGUGAUUGGAACAUCCUCAUGGAAGGAACAAUUUGUUGAAGCCCUCACAGUAAAUCCCGGCGAUGAUGAUGAUGGUGAAGAGGGUGAAGAUGGUGUGGCUUCCACGCCAUCAUGUUUCGAUUAUGUGAUGCAUUUCUUAACAUUAUUCUGGAAACUAUUAUUUGCAUUCAUCCCACCAACAGAUAUUGCCGGCGGCUAUCUGUGUUUCGUUGUGUCGAUAUUCUGCAUUGGUGUAGUAACAGCCGUUAUUGGUGAUAUUGCCUCAUAUUUCGGUUGUACAUUGGGCAUCAAGGAUGCCGUCACUGCCAUUUGUUUCGUUGCUUUGGGUACCAGUAUACCAGAUACUUUUGCCAGUAAAGUCGCUGCCAUCCAAGAUAAAUAUGCCGACGCCAGUGUGGGCAAUGUAACCGGUAGUAAUGCUGUCAAUGUCUUCCUUGGUAUUGGUGUUGCGUGGUCUCUGGCCGCCAUUGUGCACGAGGCCAAGGGCACCGUCUAUGCAGUGGAACCGGGAACUAUUGCCUUCUCGGUGACGCUGUUCUGUUCAGAGGCAUUAAUUGCCAUUUUAAUACUCAUGUUGAGACGUAGUAAAAAAGUGGGCGGUGAAUUGGGUGGCCCGAAGAAAAUCAAAUACAUCAGCAGUGGUAUUAUGUUCAGUUUAUGGGUUAUCUAUUUGCUUGUGAGCACCCUGGAGGCAUAUGGUGUCAUCGAAGGAUUCUAA